AAGUCGUAUCGUUGUUGAACUACGGAAGCCGAGCGGAAACACAGAGGAGAAGUACUUUUAGAGAAACCCCUCUUUGUUUUUUGUUUUUAAUACGCUUGUCAUCCGUUCUUUAAAUGUCUGAUUAAUGUUUUAUGAGCAGAGAUGAGCGUCACUUUGGAUAUACGACUGAAAAGAGCGAACAAAGUUUACCAUGAAGGGGAAGUGGUGGCUGGAGUCAUCCUGCUGGUGUGUAAGGAGGCUCUGCAGCACCAUGGCAUCUCUCUGAGCAUGGAGGGACUGGUCAACCUGCAGCUCAGCUCCAAGAGUGUCGGCGUCUUUGAGGCUUUCUACAACUCUGUCAAGCCCAUCCAGCUGAUCAGCAGCAACAUCGAGGUGGCCAAGGCGGGAAAAGUCCCAGGAGGCAAAACGGAGAUCCCCUUUGAGUUCCCUUUGAACACUAAGGGCAACAAGGUGCUGUAUGAGACCUACCAUGGGGUCUUUGUCAACAUCCAGUACACUCUCCGCUGUGACAUGAAGCGCUCUCUGCUGGCCAAAGACCUGAGCAGGAACUGUGAGUUCAUCGUUCACUGUCAGCCGCAGAAAGCUAAAGUCGUCCCCACACCAGUGAACUUCACCAUCACUCCAGACACCCUGCAGAACAGCCGCGAGAGGAGUGCGCUGCCAAAGUUUCUGAUCAGAGGAAAUUUAGACGCCACCAACUGUGUGAUCAGCCAGCCGCUGACCGGAGAGGUGGUGGUGGAGAACUCAGACGUUCCCAUUAAGAGUAUUGAACUGCAGCUUGUGCGGGUAGAGACCUGUGGUUGUGCCGAAGGUUACGCCAGAGAUGCCACAGAGAUCCAGAACAUCCAGAUAGCUGAAGGAGACGUCUGCCACAGCCUCCCUAUCCCCAUCUACAUGGUGUUUCCCCGACUCUUCACCUGCCCCACUCUGGAGACAACCAACUUUAAAGUCGAGUUUGAAGUCAACAUCGUCAUCGUGCUUCAUGACGAUCAUCUGAUCACAGAGAACUUCCCUCUGAAGCUGUGCCGAGUCUGAACCUGGACGACACGUCAAGCACUGAAACACGUUCUAUAUAUAUCACAUCACAGAUAUCACGACUCUUCUGUUCACUGCUGGAGAUUUUAUCUCUGCAGAAUGUAAACAUUUUCUCUUUAGCCAGAAAAGAGAUCAUGCUAACCUAGUGCAAAUACAGGAGAAUCCAUUACUAAAAUACACAUUAGUGUUUUCAUACAGAGAACGACCAAACGUUCAAUGAGAUCAUUCCAUUUCUGUGUUAAUAAAUGUCAUAUUGAUGAUGAAAA